UAGUAGUUGAUCCUUGCUCGUCAUUUUUCAGGCAGGUCUUGUGACAAGCGCGAGAAGAAAAACAUUAACGUUGGUUAACAUUAUUUUUAUUUGCUGAAGCUGUAAGAACGUUUUAUUAACACGAGUUCAAGAUGGCUGAUUGUAAAGCCAUUUGCUUAAAAUUGGGGAUGCUGAUCUUCUUUCUCAUGGUGAUGUUAGGCGUCUUAUACUUCUUAAUGUCGCAAUUACCAGAGCAACGAAUACGGAUGUCAUCCACAGACAUACAAGUAGCUAAUGAUGUCUCCACCGUGUGGUGUAGAAAACAGUUCGUUGUCUCCGACCACUUGAUGGACACCUAUCGGAUCGACAAGAAGCCAGAAAUAGAUCAAGAGGUUUACCAUUCUCAUAAUGUUAACUACAGUAUUCAUAUGACUUGGAAAAAACAAAAGGUUCUACGUUACUACAUGCUGUCUGGAUCUAAAUUACAUAUCAAAGCUUGCAGCAGUAACCCAGAUGCCUACGUCUACGUAACAAAGGGACACCGUAAUUUGAUACGGUGUUUACGAAGAACGACAAGCAAAUUCUUUGAUAAUGAAGACGAUGAUGACAGUUUUCGAGACUCCGAAGACAGAUUUAAAAAUGACUUUGAUUUCUCUGAAAUAAUCGAAAAGUUCCAGAAAUGGGAAAGAAUUAAAAAGGUCCUCCCUGUAUAUCUUCGUCGCUGUCAGGAUGCUGAAGCAUCGCGUCAAAUUCCAACACGAUGUAACGAGAAAAGUAUUAGUGUGAAUAUUGAAAAAAGCGAUGUUUAUUACGUUAUUGUUAAAAACUUCCACCGUAAAAGCAUCAACCAAAUCAACUUGUCGGUUACUUUGAAAAGAACAAGCUACAAAGUUGACCAAUCAAAUACGGUUUGUACUAAAAGCUCUCAAUGUGACGUCACAUUGUCCUUCGCCUCUUCAAAUCGUGUAAUGCUUUACGCCCCACCAGAACCAAACGCUGGAAGUGUGACUUUUAAUGUUUUACUGUCUUGUAAGCCUCGACUUCUGUUAUACAUUGGUACAUUUUUACUGGUCCCACUAAUUUUUUUGAUUCUCCUGGGAUGUUGUUUGAACCUUUGUAUUUGUUUUAAAAAGACUGAUAGAAAGAAAAUCAAAUACAUCCUGCUACGAGAUAAUUGUGACGACAAGAAAAUAAUCCAAGUCCCCCUGCUUGGAUCGGAAGAGGCAUUAAUUUCCCGAAGGUAUGACACCAACAAUUUCACUAAAGUACCAGAAAUUAAGGCUUCUAAGAACUCCCCGUCGUCUACUGAAGCACGUAGCUCUGACCAAACAGCACCUGGAUAUAAUCCACCCACUGCAGCAACUGCACUUGGAUAUACUCCACCCACAGCAGCAACUGCACCUGGAUACACUCCACCCCCAGCCUACUUCACUCGAGACACACCACCUCCUUUCUAUACACCACCAACCAUGUACUCCAAUAAGCCGACAUCUGCAGCCAAGUAAAAUAUUUCGAUAAAUGUCAUCGUUGUAACUUGGCAACAUGAAAAGGCUCAUAUCACUCCACAAUGUAUAAAUAGAAACCUUCCCUUUUUAAUAUUUUACAAGAAACAAUCUGUCCUUCUGUCUAUCACUCUCAGUAAGAGAUCAUAUCCUGUAUAUGUAAGCUAUGUUAUAUUCCUAUAAGCAGAAUUAGAUAUUUAAAUAAAAAGACAGUAGUAGAAGAA